ACGCUAGCUAAUCCCGACCCAACCUCAGUUUCCCAUUCUAAAUUGGACAAAACCAAAGCAGUAAAUUAUUCAGUCUUAUUUGAGUAAAAAUCCCAAUGAGGCCAACUAAGCCUUGAGAAAGUGUGGGUUGCAGGACUUUGCUCUUAGCUUGCAUCUGUUGUUCUUAAUUAGUGAAACACCAUCAUACAAAAAAACACAGUUGGUUAUUUACCCUGGCCUUGAUGCAAGCUCUGCAUUCCUCAUGUCUUCCUGCUUAUGUCAAACCUGUGGGCUUGUUUUGCUCCAGUUGCAUUACUUAUUUUCUCUCUCUCUUUGCCCCUCCACCCCAGACUGGCAGAUAGCGACUCUUGCUCUGCUGCUGGGUGGUGCUGCCAUCAUUCUCAUUGCUUUCCUCGUGGGGUUGAUCUCUAUCUGCGUGGGCUCUCGGCGGCGCUUCUACAGACCAGUUGCAGUCAUGCUCUUUGCUGCAGUGGUUCUUCAGGUGUGCAGCUUAGUCCUUUACCCGAUCAAGUUCAUCGAAACAGUCAGCUUGAAAAUAUACCAUGAGUUCAACUGGGGCUAUGGCCUGGCUUGGGGUGCAACUAUAUUUUCAUUUGGGGGUGCCAUCCUUUAUUGCCUGAACCCUAAGAACUAUGAAGACUAUUACUAAAUGAUUUAAUGAAAGGAAAUAUAACAACAGGAUUACUCCAUCUUUUCUAACUCACAGGUUUUUUUUAGAACACUGUGGAGCACCAGUCUCCUCUGUUAAUAAAAUAGCCUUGCCUUUUGGGUGUGAACACUAUAACCAGCUUUUACAACCAUUUAAAAGAACUGCGAACACUAGGAUUGCUGAUCUUACAUAGGCAGAUGCUGCAAGCUGCUGAUACAUAAGCUUCGUUUUUCCUGACAGCAAGCAAAGGAUCUACAUGACAGCGAUCAUUGUGAGAAUGAGAAAGCAAUGCCUGCAUCUGCCCUUGCCUUCAGGGGAGCAGCUGGUAUAAGCUCCAUUUAGAAGUUUCCCUGUAUCACAGAGGAUUCAAACGUUCGGAUAAGCAGGCAAUGGCAUCUUGUACAAUAGGCUGUCUUGGCCCCUUGUUACUUGCUCAAAAAAGCUCUUAAGGAAUUAGUUGCAAGUGACUGUGCUGAGGGCAGUGAAUGUAACUGGUUAAUGACUUGUCUAAUAUCUGCAUUCAACAGGCUUCUGGAGGGGGAGGGGGGAACAAACAGGAUUUCAUGAAUUGGUAAUCACCAUUACCCUGCCAGCUGUGGCAGAUAGUUGAAGGAAGUCCAGACUUGGAGUCAUGUGCUUCUGUCUACAUGGUCGGAAGCUGUCUCAGCUCCGAGUAUUUCUGGGACAGGGUGGAGAUAAGGGGGAGCAGAAGACGACCUCAUAUAUCCUUGAGGCAUCUAAAAAUGCAUGAAUGAAUUGCAAUUGUCCAAAAUGCACAUUUAACGUCCAAACAUCAUGAUGAAAAAAUGCAUAUGGAACAAGUUCAGCUAUAUUUUUUGGAAGGCAUUUGUUUGUAUAAAUGGAUAUAUACAAUACAACUAUAAAUGCAGAGGGAGAGAGAUAAUUCAUCUUAAAAUUGUAAUAUGGGCUGUGAUACAGUGGUUAAAAUACUAAUUUUGUAUACCUUCUGAAGCAGCUUGGACUGGUACUCCCUGUUUUGGUUGAUAUUACAAAAUAAACAUAAAAUGGUUUGUCUUUUGUUUAUGCCCUUGUACAAACUCUGUAUCAUGGGAAAUGCUUCAAAGUUCACAUCAAGUUAAGGUAGAAAUGGAUGAAAUAAGUACUUGCUAUUCCAUAUGUAAUCUAGUACUUAUUAGAAACUGUUUUUUAAGGCUGUUGCAAAGAAAAAACUGCCAUUUUUUAAAAAUAUAGCUAGGUUAUGAGUGUCUCCAGUCAUCAAGAGCAUAGCUGAGACCCGAUCAUGUCCAUAUUCAAACAUUAUCACAGCAGUAGGUAAUCUCAUUUUUUAAAGGCCAGGUUUAUAAUGGAUUUGCUGAUGAUUAAGUACAUCUAAUUACUCUUUGCUUAGUAUGUUUCCCACUUAAAACGUCCAGAGACUGUACAAAUUAAAUGCAGUCCAAGUUAAAAUAGGGAGAACUUUUAAAUGAAUUUAAUCUGCAUCACUUUUAUUUUUGUUUGCUAUUUGCUUAUUUGGAUAUUUUCAAUUAAUUGU